ACAUAAACAUGAGGAUACCGUCUCAUUAGGGUUACACCGCUCCAACUUUGUGUAACUCUUACCUACCCACGAGAGUCAACGCAUCACCUCACCCGUGCCAGUCGGACCUGUAUGGCCCCAUCGAUCGCCAUGUCAGCUCUGACUGCUGCCCUGAAAACUGAAGAUCUUCCUCCACGCGCGGUUCUCGUCAGCAGAGGCGACAUGCAGACCAGUCUGAGCCCCACAGAGGACACUGUGAAGCCCAAAGUUGCUAUUUUGCCCUUCAGUGUGGAGGCGCUGAUGGCUGAUAGGAAACCUAACAGAGAGGUACCAUCCGCGGAUGGCACCACGUCAGUUCCCGGGACGUCCCAAGCCCUGGGGAAGAGCGCGAGAAUGGGCUCGUUCGGUAGUCUGGAUACUUCGGUUCCAGCUUUAGCCAUGGGCUCGUCGUUCUCAGUGGGGGACAUCAUGAACAUGCCUGAAGACGUGUUGAUUAAACCCGAGAGUCCGGACAGUAAAGACAGGACCGCGUGGAUGCAGAGCCCUCGGUUUUCUCCAACACCUCCACGUAAGUUUGGCUUCUUCACUAUUAAACCCCUAGAAUGUGAGAGAUAAGUGUUCUCACGAGGGUUUUCUCUUAAAAGUUUUAUUUCCACUAGUGUGGUUAGGGUUUCUUUCCCUUGAGAGCCGUUUGAAAACGUUUUCAUGAAGUGGUGUGGGUCUGGCAUUACGCAUGCGAUCCGAAUGUCUAAAUACGAGUGUCUGUCCUCUCACAGGCAGAUUGAGCCCCCCAGCCUGUCCUCUAAGAAAACACAAGACAAACAGGAAACCCCGGACCCCCUUUACAACGUCCCAGCUGCUGGCUCUGGAGAGAAAGUUCCGUCAAAAGCAGUACCUCUCCAUCGCCGAGCGCGCGGAGUUCUCCAGCUCCCUCAACCUGACGGAGACUCAGGUCAAGAUCUGGUUUCAGAACAGGAGGGCCAAAGCCAAGCGGCUGCAGGAGGCAGAACUUGAAAAACUGAAAAUGGCAGCUAAGCCCAUGUUGCCUCCAGCUUUCGGGAUUUCCUUUCCCCUCGGUGCGCACGUGCCCGCGUCUUACGCGGGGUCGCAUCCUUUCCAGAGACACUCACUGCCGGUUUCCCCCGUGGGACUGUACGCGGCUCACGUCGGAUACAGUAUGUACCACCUCGCCUGACAAGGGCCCAGGACCGGGGGCACGUGCAGUUAGACACGAGGGCUUUUUUCAGACUACUUUCUGAGGGGUCCUAGGUGAAAGGUGAUGUGACUUUUUAUUAAAUAAAGAGGCAUCCUGGUGGUGAGCUCAGUGUCACAUCUUUUCAGGGGCCAAGACCUUCAAACAGAUCCCCUGCUGAGGACCCUGAAGUAUAUCCACCUCCCCUGACCUCGCCAACAAGUUCACACACUGCAAAAAUAAUCCAACCAUAGAACUCAGUCCAUCUAUAGAGUCUUGACUCCUUUUUGUCGGAGGACUUUGAAAUAAUAAUCACUCAAGAACUUGUCGGUGCCAUAAAACUGAAAUCACCCAGAGUGUGUGAAUAAAUAACUUGAAGGUGGCCAUGUUUGUAGCGCAGGGACAGAAAAAUACCGGGAGGCCUUUUUUUUUCUCCACAAAAACAUAAUGGACCUUCGGCUACCAGAGUGUCAACAGUCUUCAACCUUCAUGGCUGCAUCAAGCAGGUAAAAAAAAGGCUGUCAUACCAAUGUUACAGCUGUAAAUCAGACUCUUGCUCAGCUUGACAUUUUGGUUGUGCUGCUUUUUUUUGCGAGAGCGCACACUUUCCAUUUCUUUUGCAUACAAAUCAAAGCGCUCCCAGUGUGGGUAACUGAAUCCAAUGUCAUUUAAUGCUCUUUGUGAAUUUGGAGAACCACAGCAUUUGUUUUUUUUUUAUAACAGCACUGUCUGUUGUUGGAAUGAUUCCCUUCGGAAGGGAUAUGUGUACUGUAAAAUAAUGUAUAUUUGAAGAAUAUACUCAUUUAUAUUAUGAAUAUAUUUGUGACAUAACUUAAUAAAUUGAUUAUUCUUUUUUCAUGAA